GCGGGCUGAGGCGAGGCGGAGCCGGGCUUCAUUGUGCGUCCGGGGGCCGCCGCCGCCGCUGCUGCCGAGAGCCAGGCCGGGCCGGACCAGACUCCUCCUCCUCCUCCUCUGCUGCUGCCCUUGCCUUCGCCGGGCCGAGGAGAGCGCCCGCCCGCCUCAGUGGGGCUUCUCCCUGCCUGCCCUCCUUCCUUCCCUCCCUCCCUCCGUCUCUCCCUCCGGGUCUUCCCUCCUCCGGAGCAAGCAUGUCGGGCCGGUCGGUGCGGGCCGAGACCCGCAGCCGCGCCAAGGAUGAUAUCAAGCGGGUGAUGGCGGCCAUCGAGAAAGUGCGCAAAUGGGAGAAGAAGUGGGUGACUGUUGGAGACACAUCCCUCAGGAUUUACAAAUGGGUACCAGUAACAGAACCCAAAGCAGAUGAUAAAAACAAGAGCAAGAAAAAGGGCAAAGACGAAAAGUGUGGUUCUGAGGUUACUACUCCAGAAAACAGCUCGUCCCCUGGCAUGAUGGAUAUGCACGACGACAAUAGCAAUCAGAGCUCAAUAGCGGAUGCUUCGCCAAUAAAACAGGAGAAUAGCAGUAACUCGAGUCCUGCGCCAGAGCAGAACUCCGUGGGGCAGGUAGACGGCUCUGGAACAAAAUCUGACGAUACCCAAGGAGAUACAAAAGAAGAACCGGGCUCAGAAGAUGCUUCUGAUGAACAGAAUUCCCAAUCAUCGAUGGAAAAUUCCAUGAACAGUUCAGAGAAAGUGGAAACUGAGCCUUCAGCAGAAAAGGAUAUAACUGUAGAGAUAUCUAAAAACUCUCAGGACUCUGAAGGAGCACCGCCACCUUCUAAAAAGAUGAAAGUAGAGGCUUCCUCUCAACAAAAUGUGGAUGAAAUAUAAACUCUAGAAAUUUUUUUUGGAAUUUUUUUUUUUGCCUGGCCAGUUUUUACGUAAGGUACAUCAGUGGGCUAAAUUAUACAACCGUACUCAAGUAUCUUCUCUUGGAUGAGGACAGAACGCCUAUAAACUUUUCAAGUUAUCAAGCAAAAAUCCAAGAAAACCAAGCAAAAGCUUAAUCUCUUCAGACACUGAAAACUUUUUUUCCUGUGAAGCAAAAUGUUGAGAAUUUAAGUUUCUGUCUCUGAAAUGGUUGGGAGUAAACAACUCAGGAGGGGUCUACGCACUGUUUCUAAUGUCAAAAUUACAAUGAUGUUGCUGCUGUAUUUUUUUUCCCAUUCUCUAUUUAACAUUAUAAGAUAUUUAAGGAUGGUACAGGUCAGAUAUUUCUUCUCAUGUGAAUUUCAUUGUUCUGAUGUGAUGUCGGCUUUUUUGAGGGUUUUUUUUUUGUGUGUGCCUUGUGUUCCAAAACAAAAACAAACCAGUGCUAAUUUUUAAAACCCGUUUUUGCAACUCUCUCUUCUGCCUAAGUGGCCUAAUGCACAUGGCAUAUAGGAAACUGUUUGUUGAGAUUCUCCACUCCGCUACCCCUUUUAUACCAUGGUGCUUACAGUUUCAAGCAGACAUCACAGUAAUCUUGAGAGAGAUCAGGAAGCCAUUUUCACUCUUGAAGUCCAGAGGGAACCAUACCGUUUGGUGACUGUUUUUCCUGUGACUACAGGAACAGUUUACUUUUGAAUGCACUGUGUUUGAGCCACCAAGAACUUCUCCUGUGCAAGCCCCAUGGAAAGGAGCGCACAGUAACAUAGUUUGCAUCGGGCAGUUUCUUUUCAGUGGCUAUAUAAUGUAGUUUAAAAAAAGAAAUCUUGUUAAUUUCACAUGAGCAUCCUCUGCCCUUCACUUAAAUUAGUGCUGAUUUGGAUGUGUGUUGAACGAAAUUAUGCAAUUUUAAGUACUAGACCUAAAUAUCCAUGAGCCUGUAUACGACGGGGUCCAUUAUAAAUACAGGUUUAAAUGGACAUAUGCACGUUGGCAGAUGUAGUUUUGAACAGAUAUAUUCUUAAAUCAACUUGUUUUGUCGGAACUGGAGUUCACUGUACUGUUCUUAAACAAGACGUUUGUUGAAGCAUAAUCCAAACUGUACUAUACUUGAUGCUUAUUUUUAUUUCAAGAGGAGCUUGUAAAUACAGUUUCGUUGCUUCCAUAAUCUUUUCUUCAGGCAUCUCAGCUUAUAAAAAGUUGAGUUUUUAAUUCGUGCAUGCUUGUCUUGGCAACAAAAGCUGCGUACAAAUCUCACCUCUAUUGGAAGCAGCUGAACGUGCAAAGCCAUCUGCAAAUACUGUAUGCUCUGAUGCCAAGUGUUACAGGUAUAAUCCAGCAAAAAAAAAGAGAGAGAGAAGUGAUGACUAACAGAUUCCUUUUGAAAUCAAUGCAGCUGUGGCCGAAAUCAGACGUUGCACUGGCAUACCUUCCUCCCUCUUCCCACUUUUCUACAGCUGCUCCAAACCUUAGCCCUCCAGAAUUUCUUUCAGUGUUAGAUAAGGCGUGAGAAAGGGGCAAGAAUUUCCUUUCCUAUUUCUGCCGGAUUCCACUGUUCCACCCGCCAGAAGUUCAGUACUGUAUUGGAUACUUCCAUUUCGUUUUGGUUGCAGCUGAUUCCUGCUUUGAUUGUUUUCAGUGGAACUGGAUUGCGUUCACCUUUUGCACAUCUAAGGAGGUGUUGAAUUCAUACGGUUUCUCUUGAUGGCUGGGAAGAAUAUUUAUCCGAAGAAGAAAUAUACUGAAAAUAAACAAAGAGGUGAUAGGGAAACAGAUGAGUCUGGAAACUGUAAAGCAGCUUGUAGGUUCAGAAUGCUUCUGCCACAUUUCUAAUUGAAGAUUGAGGUGGCGGUUUUGAAACAAAAAUACAGUAGUUUUCUGCCCAGACUCUAUGCAUAACUCUUAUAAACUAAAGCUUUGUUUCCAGUUUCUCUAGUGGUGAAAAUGGCUUGAGGUUUGACUACUGUGUUGCAUUUGCAUUUAUGGGAUGGGGGGGGGGACUUGGAAGAGACAGAGGUGCGAUUCUGGCCUUUUAUCAAAUGUUUGCUUAGGUAUGAACAUGCAAAGAAAGUGGUCGUAUACUUAAAUAUCUUCUUUUUUUUACAUUGAAAUAAAAAUUUUGCAUCUCAUGAAACUUAA